UCAUUCGUGCUGCUGGCAGAAUAGUAGUCCAGGCGACGUACGUAGAGAAUAAAAGAUUGAACACCAUGCCUUUUGACUUUACUCUUGAUUCUUAGCAAAGGUGGGUGACUUUACUGGCUGGACAAAUGGGUCAAAUUCGAUCAACUGCGAUUCGUCCCAGAGAAACGCCAAACUGUUGAGGACUAUUUUCUUCAGUACUCGAGAAGAUUUGACACAACAGCGAUUUUCGCUCAUGCAUGAGUCUUUUGAUGGAAGAUUCCAUAUAAUUUCUUAUUCGACUCAAACAGGCCAGACAAACAAAAACAGUAUAAGCUUUCCAUUUCUAUAUGAGGAACAUUUCAGUUUUGUGAAAUGCCAGUAACCUAGGCAAAACCGGUUGAGGUACUGCCCGGUAAGAGGAUAGAACUCUCGUCGUUUACCUUUACGAAAAGAAAAAAAGGCCACCAAGUUGAAGAAUUAAGGUGUCAGAAUCUCAAGAACGAGACUGAAGAAUGGCAGCCAGUUUGUCAGCGGAGGAAGAACAGGCUACCAAGGAGUUUCUGGAGGAAAUCAACAAGUGGACCACUCGGCAUGGAGUUUCCCCCCUGUCCUGGGAAGUGGCCGUCAAGUUCCUCAUGGCGCGCAAGUUUGACGUGCUCAGGGCCAUCGAGCUCUUCCACAGCUACAGGGAGACCCGUCUGAAAGAGGGCAUUGUCAAACUACAGCCCCAGGAGGAACCUCUGCGCUCAGAACUGCUCAGUGGAAAGUUCACUGUGCUGAGUGUGCGAGACCCUUCAGGCGCCUCCAUAGCCUUGUACACGGCCAAGCUCCACCACCCCAACAAGACAGGCAACCAUGUUGUCCUGCAAGCUCUUUUCUACCUCCUGGACCAGGCUGUGGAGAGCUUUGAAACUCAAAGAAACGGCCUGGUGUUCAUUUACGACAUGGCGGGCUCCAACUACACCAACUUUGAGCUGGACCUCAGCAAGAAGAUCCUCAACUUACUCAAGGGGGCGUUCCCUGCCAGGCUGAAGAAAGUGUUGAUAGUGGGCGCCCCUGUCUGGUUCCGCGUGCCCUACAACCUGCUGAGCCUGCUGCUUAAGGAGAAACUCAGGGAGAGGGUCCAGAUGGUCAAAAUGUCUGACCUCUGCCAGCACCUCCCACGGGACUGUCUCCCUGAGCACCUGGGGGGGCUGUUGCCCCUGGAUGCCCACGGCUGGAACCAGCAGCUUCUGGCUGGGCAGAACGGCCGUGUGGACCCCGUGGAUGAGCUGGUUGGCAUCCCCCUGGAGGACUCGUCGGUCCACAACCCUGGGCCUGAGGCCAUGCGUCUGCCUGAGCUCAUGGCCCACCUGGGUAGUCUCCAGCGCUCAGGCAUCCACCUGGAGUACGAGGAAAUCCGCAAGGAGCAACCACCUGGAACAUUCCAUUGUGCCCUUACUGCAUACAACCAGGAGAGGAAUCGCUAUGGGGAUGUCCUGUGUCUUGACCAAACAAGAGUUCACCUGAAAACCAGAAGAAACGAGAGAUCAGAUUACAUCAACGCCAGCUUCAUGGACGGCUACAAACAGAAGAAUGCGUACAUCGGUACUCAAGGACCACUGGAGAAAACCUAUGGGGAUUUCUGGAGGAUGGUCUGGGAGCAAAACGUGCUAGUCGUUGUCAUGACAACAAGGGCGGACGAGGGAGGUCGGAAGAAGUGUGGUCAGUACUGGCCUCUGGAGGAAGGCGGCCAGGAGGUGUACGGUCACAUGGCUGUGGUCAACCAGAGGGUGGACAAUCACUCCCACUACAACCAGACCACCCUGGAGCUGCACAACAUGGAGAAUUGUGAGCAGAGGCAGGUGACCCACUUCCAGUACCUGAGCUGGCCCGACUACGGCGUCCCCACCUCGGCCGUGACGCUCAUUGACUUUCUGGGGGCCGUCAAGAGGCAGCAGAGGCGGUCAGUGAAGGCCAUGGGGCCCCAGUGGAGGGGCCACCCCUUGGGACCCCCCAUGGUGGUUCACUGCAGUGCUGGCAUCGGCAGAACAGGUACCUUCUGUGCCCUGGACAUCUGUCUGUCCCAGCUGCAGGAUGUGGGGACGCUCAACGUGUGUCAGACGGUGCGGCGGAUGAGAACGCAGAGGGCCUUCACCAUCCAGACCCCAGACCAGUACUACUUCUGCCACAACGCCAUCCUGGAGCACGCUCAGAGACAGGGCCUGCUCUCAGGCAAUCAGUGAUGCCUGGGGGUCGCCUCGUAUUUCUCACAGCCAAUCUGUGAUGCCCUGGGUGUUGUCGUAGCCUAUCAGUGACCCUUCUCGCAACCAAUCUGUGAAUGCAGGGGACACUUUGUAGCCAAUCAGCAUGCCCACUUCUAGCGAAUGCCAUCACUUCCUCCCUUUUUAAGAGGCCUGUAAGACCAACUCAUUCCUCCUUCUGACUCUGCCACUACUGACAGAGCCACAGUUGUGAUGAAAAAUGUUACAUCGAUAGUAAGACAUAAUAACAUGCAAGACACAGCAACCUGGCAACAAAUGUUGUCAGUUUUGUGUCUUCUGAGGAAGAUUUUGAAUCAUUACGUGGCUGUUAUCUGUGUUUAUGCGAGUCUGUCGUUAGUGUUGUGACAUACUGCACACAUCAUUCGCUUUGGUGUCUUGUGCGAUCCAGAUACUUAGCAGUAACCGAUGACAUGAACUUUGCGUUCAACAUCCCUUUUAACAACCUGCCACAUCUGUGACCAGUUCAGUGACCUUUGAGAAGGCUUUUUCUCUUGCUCUCUCCCUCUCUCCAUCCUCUACCCGUGAAAGCAAAGAAGAAUGGUAUUGGAGAAGAAAGUAAUAAUAAGAAUAGUUUUUUUUUUCAAUGGUCUUUUGCCUCUUGGUAUGGUCGUUGUGACCUUAGCGAUGCAACUAUACUUGGCAUACAAGCGUUGAACCCCUCCUGGGACGACCCCCCCCCCCAACUUCUCCUGGGCCAUUGAAUCGAAUGGCUACAUGUAGAAGUUGCCCAUGAGAUGCAGGUGGACUUCUCAUCUUACCCUACCCCCAAUCCAAGCCUCAACCAUUGAGAGUUAAAAUGCAUAGAUGACCUUAAGUUCAACUUAAAGUAAUACGACACAUAUUAAUGUUUUUGUGAGCAGCUGAUAAAGUUGCUAUCUCAAUGCAUUUCCUGCAGAUCGAAUAAUUAAGAGCUGGCCUCCUGACAACACAUGAACCAUCUGCCUUCAUUCUGUUAUUGUAAGUCAUUCACAUUGGCUGUUCAAACGUUCCUUGUGAAAAUCUUGUAGUGAUCGUGACAUUAAAUGUUUGGUCGCCGCUGCUUUCACUCAGUAGUUGUUCCGUAUGCUUCAGUUGUGUCAUGUACGUCUGAGACGCCUAUGCGGCGAUGGACCUGGUGUAGGAAGGCCAUAACCCUGCUUCCGCUUUAAGACACCAGUCUUAGACCUCACCUCAGUAAAGUGCAAUAGACUUUUAUACACAGCCAUGUUGAAGCACUUUGUGCUUUUAGAGAUUACAGUUCUUGUGUUGGUAAAGUGCAUUUAAGGCGAAAUUACAAUUUUAUAGGAGAUUGUAUACAUGUGAUAUACAGUGCCUUCAGAAAGUAUUCACACUUACUUACUUGUUCCACAUUUUGUUACAGCCUGAAUUAAAUAGAUUUGUUUUCUCACCCAUCUACACACAAUACCUCAUGACAAAGUGAAAACAUGUUUAUUUUUAUUUUUUUUACAUUUAUUGAAAAUGAAAUACAGAAAUCGAAUUUACAUAAGUAUUCACACCUCUGAGUCAAUACUUUGUAGAAGCAUCUUUGGCGGUGAUUACAGCUGUAUGUUUUUUGGGGUAAGUCUAAGAGCUUUGCACACCUGGAUUUUACAAUCUUGGUAAGCAAACUCCAGUGUAGAUGUGGCCUUAUGUUUUAGGUAAUUGUCCUGCUGAAAGGUGAAUUUGUCUACCAGUGUCUGUUGGAAAGCAGAGUGAACCAGGUUUUUCUCUAGGAUUUUUCAUCUGCUUAUAGCUGUAUUCUGUUUUUAGCUUAAACUCCCUAGUCCUUGCCAAUGACAAGCAUACCCAUAACAUGAUGCAGCCACCACCAUGCUUGAAAAUAUGAAGUGCUACUCAUUGAUGUGUUGGAUUUGCCCCAAACACAAAGUUUUGUAUUCAGGAAAAAAGUGAAUUUCUUUGCCACAUUUACUUUAAGUGCCUUGUUGCAAACAAGAUGCAUGUUUUGGAAUUUGCGUAUCCUGUACGGGCUUCCUUUCACUCUGUCAUUUAGAUUAGUAUUGGAAAAGGGAAAGGGGGAUACCUAGUCAGUUGUACAACUGAAUGCAUUCAACUGAAAUGUGUCUUCAUUGUGGAGUAACUACAAUGUUGUUCCAUCCUCCGUUCUCAUAUUACAACCAUUAAAUUCUAACUGUUUUAAAACCACCUCUGGCCUCAUGGUCAAAUCCCUGAGCAUUUUCCUUCCUCUCCAGCAAUUGAAUUAGGAAGCACGCCUGUAUCUUUGUAUUGACUGGGUGUAUUGAUACACCAUCCAAAGCCUAAUUAAUAUUUUCACCAUGCUCAGAAGGAUAUUCAGUGUCUGCUUUUUACAUUUUUUACACAUCUACCAAUCAGUGCCCUUUGCAAAGCAUUGAAAACCCUGCCUGGUCUUUGUGGUUGAAUCUGUGCUUGAAAUGCACUACUCAAUUGAAGGACCUUACAAUUUAUUAUCUGUAUGUGUGGGGUACAAAGAUGGGGUACUCAUUCAAAACUAAUGUUAACCACUAUUAUUGAACACUGAAUGAUUCCAUGCAACUUAUGCGAUUUGUAGCACAUUUUUACUCCUGAACUUAUUUUGGCUUGCCACAACAAAGGGGUUAAAUACUUAUUGACUCAAGACAUUUCAGCUUUAAAUGUUUUCACAACCAAAAUUCCACUUUGACAUUUGUGUGUAGAUCAGUGACACAAAUCUUAAUUUAAUCAAUUUUUUAGGCUGUAAAAACAAAAUGUGGAAAAAGUAAAGGGGUGUGAACUCUCUGAAGGUGUAGGUACAAUUAUAACUUCAUUACUGUUGGUUGGACUUUUGACCUUAAAGUAUUCAGACCACUUAACUUUUUCCACAUUUUGUUAGCUUUAUUCUGAGAUAUAUAAAAACAAAAUUAAAUCCUCAAUCUACACACAAUACCCCAUUAUGACAAAGCAAAAACCGGAUUUUAGACAAUUUUUACAAAUGUAUAAAAAAAAUUAAAAAACACUUAUUUACAUAAGUAUUCAGACCCUUUGCUAUGAGACUUGAAAUUGAGCUCAGGUGCAUCCUAUUUCCAUUGAUCAUCUUUGAUGUUUCUACAACUUGGUUGGACAUGAUUUGGAAAGGCACACACUUGUCUAAAGUCCCACAGUUGACAGUGCAUGUCAGAGCAAAAACUACGCCAUGAGGUCAAAGGAAUUGUCCGUAGAGCUCUGAGACAGGAUUCUGCAGCAUUGAAGUUCCCCAAGAACACAGUGGCCUCAUUCUUAAAUGGAAGAAUUUUGGAAGCACGAAGACUCUUCCUAGAGCUGGCCGCCUAGCCAAACUGAGCAAUCCAGGGAGAAGGGCCUUGAUCAGGGAGGUGACCAAGAACCUUAUGGUCACUCUGACAGAGCUCCAGUGUUCUUCUGUGGAGAUGGGAGAACCUUCCAUCUCUGCAGAACUCUACCAAGCAGGCCUUUAUGGUAGUGGGCAGAUGGAAGCCACUCCUCUGUAAAAGGAGACUAGUCAGGAUCAAGGGAAAGAUGAAUAGAGCAAAGUACAGAGAAGAUCCUUGAUGAAAACCUGCUCCAGAGCGUUCGGGACCUCAGACUGGGGCUAAGGUUUACCUUCCAACAGGACAAAGACCCCAAGACAAUGCAAGAGUGACUUCGGGACACUGAAUGUCCUUGAGUGGCCCAGCAAGAACCUGGACUUGACCUGAUCGAACAUCUCUGGAGAGACCUGUAAAUAGCUGUGCAGAGACACUCCCCAUCCAACCUGACAGAGCUUGAGAGGAUCUGCAGAAAAUAAUGGGAGAAACUCCCCAAAUACAGGUGUGUCAAUCUUGUAGUGUCAUACCCAAGAAGACUCUGCUGUAAUCGCUGCAAAUGGUGCUUCAACAAAGUAUUUAGUAAAGGGUCUGAAUACUUAAGUAAAUGUGAUAUUACACUUUUUUUUAAAUAAAUGAGCAAAAAUGGCUAAACCUGUUUUUGUUUUGUCACUGUGGUGUAUUGUUUAGAUUGGGGGGGAUGAUUUAAUCAAAUUUAGAAUAAGGCUGUAACAAUGUGGAAAAAGUGAAGGUCUGAAUACUUCCCGAAUAUAAUCCAUCUGAACCUGACAUCUUGUCAUGAUUACACAUAGAAUAUUACCGUUCCCAUUGCUGUACAGUGCCUGCAUCAUUCCAUGAUAUCUUAUAGUUGGAUGAAAUAAUGUGUUCUUUGCAACUGAAUUCAUAUUGAAUUUGCUUGAAGUGGAGCCUCAUUUAAGUCCGCCAUCCUUGUGCACUCUUAAUUAUUUUAGAAUUAUUACCUUCAAUGACGGACACAAAGUGUGACCAAUAUUAUUUUUCUAUUGUAUUCAACUUUUUCUUACAAGUAUUCAGACUUUAAAAGUAUCUACUUUAAAUUAUAUUCCCAGUUGUAACAUUUAUUAGUAUGAUUGAGGACAACUGAAUCAAACUAUGCUGUAUGAAAAGCCAACAUUUGUCUAUACAUGUGCAUUUGAAAUGGUUCUGUCUUUAUUACCCAAUUUUUUUUGCCAAGUAUUAUGUUUUCCAAUCGAAGGAGAUUGGGAUAUGUCCAAUAACCUUUCAAAGGAAGACCGAAACAGUGUAUUCAGCAUAUUAAAUGAAAAAUGGUGAUUCCCAA